CCGUCCCGGAAGCUGUCCGGGGCGGCAGUGCGCAUGCGCAUCCCGGGGCGAGGCAGUGCGCAGGCGCGGUCCCCGGAGCUGUCCGGGAGCGGUAGUGCGCAUGCGCGGCGGGGCGCAGGGGGGCGGUGAUGGCGGACGAGGCGGCGGUGCGGGAGCAGGCGGAGGUGGUGCGGCGGCUGAAGCAGGACAAGGCCGAGCCCGACGAGAUCGCCAAGGAGGUGGCGAAGCUGCUGGAGAUGAAGGCGCAGCUGGGCGGAGAGGAGGGGAAACACAAGUUCGUGCUCAAGACCCCCAAGGGCACACGGGACUAUGGCCCCAAGCAAAUGGCCAUUCGUGAGAGAGUCUUCAAUGCUAUCAUCACCUGCUUCAAGCGCCAUGGAGCAGAAGUCAUCGACACACCAGUGUUUGAGCUGAAGGAGACCCUGACGGGGAAAUAUGGAGAGGACUCAAAGCUUAUCUAUGAUCUGAAAGAUCAAGGAGGAGAGCUGCUGUCCCUGCGCUAUGACCUAACUGUGCCCUUUGCUCGCUAUUUGGCAAUGAACAAAAUCACCAACAUCAAGCGGUACCACAUCGCAAAGGUGUACAGACGGGACAACCCGGCCAUGACCAGGGGCCGCUACAGGGAGUUCUACCAGUGUGAUUUUGACAUCGCUGGGCAGUUCGACCCGAUGAUUCCAGAUGCUGAGUGCCUGAAGAUAGUGCAUGAGAUCCUGAGUGACCUGCAGCUUGGGGACUUCCUCAUUAAGGUCAACGAUCGGCGCAUCCUUGAUGGGAUGUUUGCAGUUUGUGGUGUCCCAGACAGCAAGUUCCGAACGAUCUGCUCCAGCGUUGACAAACUCGACAAGAUGCCGUGGGAAGAAGUGAGGAGCGAGAUGGUAGGAGAGAAGGGACUCUCACCUGAGGCUGCAGAUUGCAUUGGGGAGUACGUCCAGCUUCAUGGUGGCAUGGACCUGAUUGAGCAGCUUCUCCAGGACCCAAAGCUGUCCCAGAACAAGCUGGCCAAGGAGGGGCUGGGGGACAUGAAGCUGCUGUUUGAGUACCUGACGCUGUUUGGCAUCACGGGGAAGGUCUCCUUUGACCUGAGCCUGGCACGAGGCCUGGAUUACUACACGGGGGUGAUAUAUGAGGCUGUCCUGCUGCAGCAGGAGAAUGACCAUGGGGAGGAGUCAGUCAGCGUUGGGAGCGUGGCUGGAGGUGGUCGCUAUGAUGGUCUGGUGGGAAUGUUUGAUCCCAAGGGACGGAAGGUGCCAUGUGUGGGGGUCAGCAUUGGGAUUGAGCGCAUCUUCUCCAUCCUUGAGCAGAGACUGGAGGCUGCGGAGGAGAAGAUCAGGACAACAGAGACACAAGUGCUCGUGGCCUCUGCCCAAAAGAAGCUCCUUGAAGAGCGGCUGAAGCUCAUCUCUGAGCUCUGGGAUGCUGGAAUCAAGGCAGAAGUACUGUACAAGAAGAACCCCAAGCUCCUGAAUCAGCUGCAGUACUGCGAGGACACGGGCAUCCCCCUUGUGGCCAUUGUGGGAGAGCAGGAGCUCAAGGAUGGCGUUGUCAAGCUGCGGGUGGUGGCAACCAGGGAGGAGGUCAACAUCCGCAGGGAGAGCCUCGUGGAGGAGAUCAGGAGGCGAACAAGUCAGCUUUAGUGCCCACCUGGACAGCUCUCCCUCGCUGGGUUCUGGUGAACAGAUGUACUCCUGUAACCACCAGGCUGCUUGGCUCCACCACCCAGCCAGCUGGCAGCAGGUGCAGGGUCAGGGAAGCCUUUGGAGGUUGUAUUUAUUCUUUGUCUUGCAUCCUCCCCUUCUCAGCAGGAGCAGAGAGGCCGCGCUCACUCCUAUGAAACGCCUGGCCCUGGGCAUUGUCAUUGCAGCGAGGUUUUGUGAGCGGCUCUGGCACACGCUGCCCUCCUGUCUGCAGCUGUGCCGUGACCGGAGGAGCCCCACGCUGCCAGCAGCCCCCAGGCUCUUGGCUGCAGCUCCUUCUGCCCUUCACGUUCAAUAAGUGUCCGGCCCAGCGUUUCUGCUCUGGCUGCGGGGGGGUUGACCUUAUCCCAUGCCAAACGUUCUGACAACCAAUAAAUCUCGUCCAUCC